AUGUCCCAACCAGUACAGAGAGCUGCUAGUCAAUCUUUGAUUUCCAAAUACAUUAACAAGGAAACUUUAAAGUAUGUCUUCACCACACAUUUCUGGGGUCCAGUUUCAAACUUCGGUAUCCCAAUUGCUGCCAUCUACGAUUUGAAGAAGGAUCCGGAGAUGAUUUCUGGACCUAUGACGCUGGCUCUAGUGAUGUACUCUGGUGUGUUUAUGAGAUAUUCCCUAGCUGUUACCCCAAGGAACUUCUUGUUAUUCGGUUGUCACGUUGUGAAUGAAACAGCCCAACUUGUGCAAGGUUACAGAUAUUUAAACCAUCAUUAUCUAGGUGGCAAGAAAGCUGACGCUACUGACGCCAAUGUCGCCAAGACAGCCUAG